AUGUCGACAAAUGGCCACAACUACGACAACUUCAACCCACAUAGCGAGCCUGAGUCACUCUCACCUCCUCCAGGGGGUAGCAUUGCGCUAUUCGCCUCCAUCACCGCUGUUCGACCCUGGAUCACGUCGUCAUUCGAAGAGGUGCGCUUGCGGGCAUACCAACCUGGCAAGGUCCCUCCCAUCACAUGCGCCACCUGGUCGACUUCAGCUCCUCCAGCCUUCGGCGACUUAGGCUUCGGCAUCAAGUACGCGCGGCUCCCAUUUCCGCAUGAAGUACGACGCAUACCACUAGCUCCAUCAUUCGACGGACUUUUGCUUGAAACGGUCAAGUUCGAGGCUUCGACAAGAACAAUUCCACUCCCCGAUGACCAGCCUGAGGCCUUCCGGAUGUACUCUCACUGGCUAUACACUCGCAUGAUCUUCAGUCCUGGUUCUGGAAGCCUAACAAGCAAAGACUACCCUUUCCUGGUGCAAGCUUAUACACUGGGUGACAAACUUCUCGACACAAGCUUCCAAAACAUCAUCAUCGACACUUUCAUCUCCACGCUCCUGAGCACUCAUUCCUUCAACGUAGACAUCACAAACGCAGUCUACGAGCAUUACCUCCGAGGUAUCAGCACUAAGGAGGUUAUGGUGCGAUGUCUACGCUUGGUGUGGCGAUUCGUCCUGGCUUCAGAGGACCGAUCUGAGUGA